AUGUUGCUCACCGUGAAACCUCACCCGCACAACGGAAUCUUACCUCAUGAGUACGCUGCACUUCCGUCGUCGCCUCUCCCUCACGGCCGUCUCGACCAUCGCCAUCAACGCCACGCGUUGACUCUUACCGCGCUUUACGCCCCUCGUGUUUCGUCUCCGAAUUCUCCUAUCGCUCCAGUUUCUCCUCCCACGCUCUCUGCGUACUCUCCACGGUCAGACGCGGCUAUGGACUCAGCUAACCGAUCCCUCCCAUCGAUGCCUGCCACUCCUGCCCCUCGGGAACGAGAUGUCCCCGCGAUGGCGGCCCCUAUGAAUACCUCCAUGUCAAAUUUACCGGCACCACCCCCUCAAUGGCAAAAUGAAUCAAUGCGCCAAUGGCUGCAAACAAAAGCGGAGGAGUAUCGGCGGGAACAAGAGGAGGAACGCACGCGCCAAGAAAGUUACCGGCUGGACCAGAGAAGAGUUGAGCAGUCAAUGCUUCGAGAGUCCCUCAAGGCUGGCGUUCCUCCCUGCAUGGUGCCUCUGAUAUUUGCCAGUAUGGGUGGUGGAUGUAAUCUCCAAUGGAUUCAGCAGCAUAUGUCCCAAUUGCACGGAUGCUCCUCUCAAACGCAUAUUCUUCCUCAGCAGGCAUCCCAUACACUGCCGCAAUCUCAACCUCAACCUCAACCUCAACCUCAACCUCAACAGUAUCUACCACCCCAGCAGCAACCCCUGAACCAGCAGCACCAGCAGAAACAGGAACAGAAACCUGCUCCUCUCCCGUCUCAACCUACGUCCUCACCAGGCGCUCACCAUCAUCGUCCUCAAUACGCGCAAUCUCAAUCUAUGCCACCCCCAUCUCAGAUGCCAGCAGCUGCUCAAAGUGUGGCUCCUGAAAACCCUUGCCAGAGCCGCAUGAUUCCCCCGAAUCCGUAUGCUUCACAACUUCCGCCCAAUAUUAAAGUGGGCCACUCCUCCCAACCAGAACCCCUAUCACCAUCAUCCACUGCCUCGUAUGGGCGUGCGUCAUCGUUGCGCCUGCGGAAUCAGCCCACAAGCCAAACAGCUCCUGAUGCUGGCAUAUUAUCGCGCAUUAAUACGUCAGUGCUUCAUAUCCAACAGCCAUCCAACAUCUCCUAUACCACAACUUCUUCAUCGACGUCGGUGCCCCUGCAGCAGGCAUCCUCAUUAGCCAAAUGUGAUGCGGGAACCCCUUCUCAAUCGCAACGGCAGCCUCAGUCAUCUCCGUCCAUCUACUUUCACCAUUGGGUUCCACCUGGUCAAUCGCAGCCGAACACACCGUCAACCAAAACUCCGAAUAAUUCCCCGUACUCAGGAAACCCGAGUUCUCAUCUUCAUUCUGAACAUCAAAUUUCCCCAAAGAAACGAAAGGCGCAAUUUGUCCACCAACCAGCUCCACCCCCACCACGUUCUGACACAGUAACAUCACAAUUUUUACCAGGUCGGGUUUCUCCAAAAGGUACCGGACGGAGCGGGGGCCAAUUACGACAUGACAGACAACAGCAGGACCAAGAACCGAGGCAUGGAGAUCUACCAGAAUCAGGAAGGCCUGGGGGGCAAAUGCAUAUGACUUCGUUGAGCAGCAGCACGGACCAGGGGGAUGUCCAGUCGACAUCGAGGGGACGAUCAAAUUCGGAUCGGGAAAGAAAACGUGGACAGAGCAGCAGCAACAACAACAACGCGCAAUUUGCUGGGGACCACAAUGGCAGAAGCCAUGGUAAUUACCCUGGCGCCGGCUCACGGGAUGACUCUCAAGGCGGGCGUGGGGAGGGGGGAGGCGGAGGCGGAGGCGGAGGACAUGAACUCUCAGCUUCCUACAACAGCAGGCCCUCUAGCUUCAACGUAUAUGGUCCGAAUUAUGGACAUUCUCAUGAGAGCGCCGGACCAUCUAAUUCAGGGCCCGGAACCGACACUAAUAACUAUCAAUCCCCUGCGGCUCGAUCACCUAUUCGCGCUCGGGAGGACCGCCCACAACAAUCCACGGGAACAUAG